AUGUCUGAGAGCAUUAGAGAAAGCACUUCAAGCAAGACCUUGUCCAAAGAUCAAAUGGAGACAUCUUAUGUUAGCCUUAAAACAUGGAUUGAAGACUCUCUUGACUUAUUCAAGAAUGAUCUCCUCCCUCUUUUGUAUCCUCUGUUUAUUCACAUCUACUUCGAUUUAAUACAACAGAACAAGACCAACGAAGCAAAAGAGUUCUUUGAGAAGUACAGAGAUGACCAUUACAACAAGUCUGAAGAGAUCAAACAAUUUGAAAGCAUCUAUACGGUGCAACACAUCCAUGAGAACAACUUUGCCUACACCUUCAAGAGUUCUAAGUACCAUCUUUCGAUGGGAAGAUAUGCAUUUGACCUUCUUAUAAACUUCCUUGAAGAAAGGAAUCUGACAUACAUACUCAAGAUACUUAACCAACACCUGGAUAUUAAGGUGUAUAUUGGACCUAAGAGCGAGGACAGGCCUCAGGGAAUUGAGACAAGUGUUGUUGAUGCCGAAAUCGACCUAACCACUUUUCUGGUUUCAAAGGAGUGUGAAGAUGCCAUACUUGGAGACGAGCAAUACAGGUACGACCAUCUUGAAACAUAUGUGCUGCAGCUCCGAAAACAGAGGGAGAUGAAACCAAAGGAUUCAGCUUACAAGCCCAAUGCAUCGCAGAUUCAUGCGGAAAUUGAGAAGCUGAAAGACCUGUGCAAGAGAGUUGCCGUGAACAAAAACAACCUUCCUAGCAUCUGCUGUUAUACGAUACAUAACACCUACGAAGGUCUAACGGCGGCGGAGAUCAGCAACGACCUAAAACUAUUAGCAUGUGGAUUUAAAGACAGUUACAUAGAAGUAUAUUCGCUAACCAAUGAGCCCUUGAAGAAACUCAAAAGCAGCUCUGAACUUGCGAAGUCGGAUAUCAAGACUCUAAACGAAGAGAAAUUUGAGGAGGUUGGAAACAGCUACAAGCUUAUUGGACACUCUGGGCCAGUGUAUGGACUGAAGUUCUUCUCUUCCAACAAGUUUCUCGUUUCAGGCUCCCAAGACUGCACAGUAUGUUUAUGGAGCCUUGAUCUUUUGUGCUUACUUGCUGUUUACAAGGCACAUGCAUUUCCAGUCUGGUGUGUGGAUGCAGCUCCCAAUGAUUACUUUUUUGCAAGCGGAGCAGGAGACAGGCAAGCCAUUAUAUGGUCUGUUGCGACAUCCAAGCCUGAAAGGCUUAUAAUCUCAUCUCUAAGCGAUGUGACUGCAGUAAAGUUCCAUCCGAACUCGAACUAUUUAUUUACAGGGUCUUCCGACCACAGAAUAAGGAUGCAUGACAUAAGUACGGCAUCUGUUGUAAGAAUUUUCUGUGGUCACACAGACACGGUGACAUGUAUGGAUGUUUCCCAUUGCGGUAAAUUUCUGGUCAGUGGGAGUAAAGAUAGGACGGUUCUUCUUUGGGACAUUCAAAGCUCGAAGCUCCUAGGAAAGUAUGCAGGCCAUGAAAAUACAGUAUUUUCUGUGUCCUUCUGCUUCUAUGGAAGUGUAAUUGCAUCCUGUGGUGCAGACAAUAGCGUCAGACUUUGGGAUAGAACCGAUCACAAAGGAAGUUGCUUAGGAACAUAUUAUACCAAGAGUACACCGCUUCUAUGUGCCAAGUUUGGAUAUAGAAACAUAAUAUCGUGUGCAGGUCCCUUUAUAAGCUAG